CCUUUAGUCUCGCGUUUAUCGUCGUCGCGUCGAUGUCGAUAUCGUCAUUAUCAUCGUCGCGCUCGUUACUGUCAUCUUCGUCGUUACGAAUCGCGCGAUCUUACCUCACAUGCGACGUACGAUGACAAAAAUGCGCGCGUUUCUUUUUCUAUCGGAUAUUUUGUGACGUUCGACAAGUGGAUUAAAAGUCAAGAAAAAAAUUGUUUCUUUCACAUUCAUAUGCCAGUUCUAUUUUGAUAAAUGGAUUUCUUUUACGUGUUAUUAAAAUUCUAAUGACAGUUUUAAACUGUUGGAUUUCAAAGUUUGAUAUCAAUGAUAAUUACAGUCAUUGAUCGAUGAUCGUGCAUGAUCAAUCGAAUUAUAAUAAUAAUGGUAAUAAUGAUAAUAAUAACAACAUCAACAACCUAUGUUCCCAUUAAUAUGGAUCGAUCAUAGUUGGGGUUUAAUAAAACGUCGGUGUCCGUGUAAAUCUGUGACAUGUAUUUUCUGUGUGUAUGUAUCUUUGAAUAGUAGGUCAAAGAGCUAUCGUGGAAGAAGAACAAUCAAUCGAAGAUAUCGAUCAUCGAUCAAGUUCGAGGUGCAAACAAGGUUACGAUAUCAUCGAUAUCGCAGCAUUCUUCUUUUCAUUUUGAUCCGAAGACGUGAUCGUCUUUUUAAAGUGCAGAGUAGAAGAGGAGUCGCUGGAGGUGCCUCGAGCAGUGUUCCGGGAUCAAAAAGGGUCCGUUCGAGAGAAGAUGCAAUCCUCGUCGAUAAGCGAAACCGGAAAAGUUAUUGCGAUACUCCGCUAGAAAUUCGAUUCGUUCGGUGGUGCAAGGGUGGUGAAAGGCUGAGAGAGAAAGAGAGGAAGAUGAGAGAGUGGAAGGGUUAGGUAGCGCGCAAGAGUAGCCGCGAGAUAAAAAGACAGAAAAGAAAAAAAGGGAAGGAAAGAGAGAUAAUACAACGAAGGAAACGAGGAAAAGGAAAGAGGUGAGAGUUGACGAGAAAGGAGAAAGAGAAUUCUUGGUUACAGUGUUUCGAGUUAAAUAUGAAUAAUUGUCGAUAGAUCUAUAUACAUAGAAAAUUUGUGACCAAUGGGGUUUUAUAAGUUAUAACGUUCUCGUUUAUCUUACAAUAAUUUCACGAAUUUCACGAACGUUUACGAAAAUUCAUGGAAUAAGAUUAGUGUAAUUGAAGGAUUCGUGUUCACCGAAGUUCUGCUUUAAAUUUCUCUCUUCUGGUGGACAUUAGAGAAUGGUUGAAUCGGGAUCUACGAGGUAGUGUUAGAUAGAAUUGUAAUUAAAACGACGUCAUCGUGCGGAGUGAACGAUUCCAUUUCAUUCUUCUCGAAAGGUUGGAAUCUUCCAACCGAAUCGAUCGUAGCGGAUUUCUGUAAGGUGCUUUAGGAAGAUACGCAGCUGAUGCUAUUUGGAUUAAAGCGAUCGAAUAACAGGUAUCCAAUUGCAGGAGAGAGAACAAUGAAUCGAUCCUAAUAGUCGAUCGCGCAAAGAGAAAAGGGAUCAAAGAAGCAUUGCAUUUAUUGCGGUGCUUGCCUGUCGAAAGCACGCGAGUGCAAUCGAUUCGGUCAUUGCUUUUCGAUUGGAAAGCAUCCGCAAAUCGACUCGUAUGGUGAAUCGUAAAGACAAAAAGUCAAGCGAUAUACGUUCGCUUUAACGAGUUGCUAUGAUGACUAAAUUCUAGAAAGAACGAUCCAUUCCGAUUUGCAAGAUAUUAUACGCCUAAAAGGAGGCUACCGUAAAGGAGGAUAAAGUGAUUUGCUGGUGGACAUCGGUUUGGCUGUUAAAUAAUGAACUCUUGUAAUCGUUCAUCGAGCUCGCUUCAAAGGAGAACGAACGUUGCCGUCGGCGAUGCAUUGAAAGGUUAAAAUGCUCGACUAUUUUUCAAGAGACAAACAAAGAGCUAACGAAUGAGCUCGUCGUCGUUAAGAAAGCAUUGUCUUCGCGACGAUGAGACGUCCGAUGGGAAGAGUUCGCGAGAAAAGAUCGACGACGGAGAUCACGAUAGCAGCGAUAAUCUCUACGUAGUUUCAUUAAAAUUUCUCGAACGUAUUAAGUAGGAGGUGAAAGAUGUAUCCAAUUUUCUGUUGCUGAUACCGGACAAACUAAAAUCAUCGAGCCUCAUGAGAUCCAUCGUUUUCGUGAGUCACGCGAAAGAAGAAGCGUGCUGGUCAAAUUCAACGAUCGCGAGUUGGAUCGUUCGGGCGGUCCGGUGAAGUUAUGAGGCGGCGUAACAACGGCUUUACGGCUGGCGGCAAUAAUGUCGCUUUUUGCUGCCAGAACGCGAGAAAAGCUGGAAAUCGCUCUUUUGCCGGUGGUAGUUGCAACGAAUCGGAGGGCAACGAGCCACCAGAAUGGUGCAUCUAUGCGGCCGUUACCCUUGUCGCGAUUGGUUGUUAUCUGAACGCUCUUGGUGGGGAUUUUGUGCACGAUGAUAUCCCAGCUAUUGUAAGAAAUAAGGAUGUGAUCGCUCAAACCCCAAUCGCUAACGUUUUAAAAGACGAUUUUUGGGGUACGCCGAUGCAGGAUGUCAAUAGCCACAAGAGUUAUCGUCCACUUACAACACUUACAUUUCGAUUGAACUAUCUGAUGUCAGGCCUGACGCCAACGUGGUAUCACGCAACGAAUGUCGCGUUACACGCCGCGGCAUGCGUUUUAGUGACCAGAGUGAGCUUAACCGUGGCGUCACUUCGUCCUGGAUUCGCGGCAUUGACCGGCUUGUUAUUUGCCGCUCAUCCUAUUCAUACCGAGGCUGUGACUGGCAUCGUCGGAAGAGCGGAUGUUCUCGCCUGCAUCUUUUUCCUACUCUCCUUCCUGGCUUAUCAUGGUCAGCAAACAGCCUACGUGUGGAGCAGUGUGUGUCUCGGUACCCUGUCAAUGUUGGCUAAGGAAACCGGUGUUACGGUUCUACUCCUAAACCUUCUUUACGACCUUUGUCGUUCCUGGCACUCAAUCAGGAGAUCUAUUUCCGAAGCUCGAUGGAAUGAAGAUUCACGACACUUUUCCAGACGUGCGGCUGCUUUACUAGUUUCCCUCGGGAUACUUUUGGUAGUAAGGCUCGCCCUUCUUCACGGUGCUUUGCCGAAAUUUUCACCACAGGAUAAUCCUGCAGCUUUUCAUCCCUGUUUCCACGUUAGAUUACUAACGUUUUGCUAUUUGGCUGCGCUGAAUUGUUGGUUACUUCUAUGUCCUGUGACACUUUCUCAUGAUUGGCAAAUGGGUUCCGUUCCUCUGGUUACAUCUUUAGCUGAUACUAGGAACCUGGCGACGUGUCUCUUUUUCGGCGGCUGCUUAGUUCUCACGUACAAAGCUUUCACGGAUUUUGAGCAACAAAGGCACCCGCCCCUUAUUCUUGGUUGGAUGUUCCUGGUGCUACCGUUCCUACCUGCGUCUAAUCUUUUCUUAACUGUCGGAUUCGUCGUUGCGGAGCGCGUACUGUACAUGCCAAGCGUUGGAUGGACCUUAUUAGUUGUGUAUGGUAUUCAAGUGACUUGGACAGCUCUACCACGACGAAGAAGUUUUAUUACAGCUGGAGUGGUCUUACUUCUCAUUUUAGGGUGCUACAGAACCUUUCUUCGAAACAAUGAUUGGACGUCUCGAGAGACUUUACUUAGAGCUGGUUUGCGGUCUCUGCCUCACAAUGCCAAGAUGCAUUACAACUUCGCCAACUUCCUAAGAGAUACGUCACAACCGAACCGUGCAAUUCUCCAUUACCAGUUGGCCCUCUGGUUGUGGCCAACUUACGCGAGCGCUCACAAUAAUCUUGGGACGUUGACGGUAGGCGAUCAAGCGGAGCAGCAUUUUCUGGCCGCAAUCCACGCCCAACCUGGUCACGUCAAUGCGCACUACAAUUUAGGGCAAUUGUACAGGAAGACGAACAGGACGGAGGAGUGCAUCAAGAUGUUGCAGAAGUGCGUAUCAUUAGAUCCAGCUUAUAUUCCAGCAUAUCUGGUUCUCGCGAGAUUAGCAAGUGGUUCCGCAACGGGAGUCCUUCUACGGCACGUCGUUCGUUUGCAACCUCGAAGUCCGGAUCAUCUCGCGGAAUAUGCUACAUGGUUAUAUCAAAACGGAAAAUGGCUACCCUCUCUGAAGUACUAUCUCAAGGGCAUGGAGGUCUCACCAUCGCAUAGAUCGUCGCUCGUAGGUACAGCGAGGAUUCUCAGGUCGAGAGGUCAAUGGCCGAGAGUGCAUCAACUCAUAACCAGAUGGCACCUAAUGUUAAGAGCGAAAAGGGGUGGCUUAAUAUAUCGUGGUGAUCUUUAUAUUCGAGCGUGGCAACUUCAGAGUGAAUCUCGUCAAAGGGCUCAUCAACAUCAACGAAAUCUUUGUCUAUCGGAGGAGAAUUGUUCGACGCCUCGUGUCGCAAGCGUAUCGGUCCAGUUGGAACAAGACAGCAACAAGUCCGAACAAUUGGAAAGGGCACCUCGUUGCAAUGUACGGACCUGUCGCCAAGCGAGAAAGGGAAAGUCUCGUGUGACAGCACCAGCACUUUUGGUUCAAAAUCUUCUCGAGACACUUUAGUCACGGUUUUUAUUGUCGAACGAAUGUCUCACGAUUGAACGUGAUGCUUCUACGAUACUCGGAGAAAGAAGAAAUGAAAGAAGAAGCGGAAAAGGAAAAGGAAAAAGAAAAGAAGGACCUCCAGCGCGAGUGUUUAUCCGCUCUCGGUGAACGUUGCGACCCGCGAAUUCGUGAGUGGUAUGAAACUGUUUUAUAGUUGUACGUUAAGAAGAAAGAUAGGAAGAAAGAAAGAAAAAAAAAAGAAAUAUAGCAAAGAAAACGCGUUUCAACGUCUCUUAUCGUUUUUACGUCUUCUACGUGUUUUAUCUGUGGUGUUUUUUAUCUGUCGAUCAAGAGAGAACACUGGCCCAGACUCUUCGAAUGGAACUUUGUGAGCUUAAACCAAAGGGCGGGAGAUAGGUAAAAAAAAAGUUAAAAAAGAAUAGAGAGAGGAGGAGGGAGAGCGUGUGAAAGAAAGGAACAGAGAGGAAGAAAGAAAGAAGGAAGUUUUUCUUUUUGUGUGAUUAUUUAACAUAACUACGCUAUACAAGAUUCUUACAAGGUACGGAACUUUAAAAUGAAUUUUUAUCAACGAUGUAGAGAGACCGAGUUGCUACGACGAAAAUUGAUCCUUCUCGUGUAAACGCGAAAAACUUCAUAAGUUUGCAUUUGCGUGAAACGAGUUUAAUAAUUAUAAUUUAUUUAUUUUAUUAUAUAUAAUAAAUGGUUAUAUAUUUUAAUAUUUUACUUUCUUCGUUUAUUUUAAUUUAUGAAUUACCAUAUGUAGUAUGAAUUUUUUAUAAAAUAUUCGAAGUCGAUCGAUCGUAAUAUAUCAAAUUAAUCACACUGUAAUCACACUUUCUAUAUAGCGAUCGACUUUGAGGAUGAGAUGAAGUAUAGAGAAAGAAAAGAUAAAAAGAAAAAAGAAAUAGCAAUUAAAUAUACUCGUAUUUGAUUUCUUUUCUCAACAAAAUCUUAUCAAUUCAAUGAGGACAGGAGAAACUUAGCCAUUCUUUCCUCAAGCGAAACUCGUUUCUACGAACAAUAAAGUCGAUCUCCCUCGACGAGAAACGCGAAAAAGGAUCUGCCAAGAGAUAUCACGUAAUUGUAAAUAUCAUUAUCUUCUUUCUUCUUUUUUCUUCUUUUCUCUCUCUCUCUCUUUUUUUCUUCUUUCUCAGUAAGAAGAACUCGAAAAGUAUCGGUACGAGAGAUUUAUUUUUCACACGAAAAGUAACGCGAUGCGAGAUGCUUACAAGUCACGCAAAGUAACAUAGUUUGCUUUAUUUCUCUCUCUCUCUCUCUCUCUCUCUUUCUCUACUUCGCUCCGAAUCUUUCUCCGUUUCUUUUUCUUUUCUUUUUGACCUGAUCAUUCUUUUUUCUCUUCUCUCUCUCUUUUUCUCUCUCUGUUUCUAUCUUUAUCUCUCUCCCUCUGUCUCUCUUACACACACAACUCCCAUUCUUUCUUCACUAACACAACAUACAAAAAUUAUAACUUUGUGCACGUAUACUAUACAUACACGGUGCCAAUCUUAGGAUAUAAGGAAUGGUAUCAUUGAUUCAGGGCGUUUCGUACAGCUUUUGUAUGAAAACUAGAUGAAAGACUUGAUAAAAAAAAAAGAUAGAAAAUAAAGAAGAAGAAAGGGAAGAAAUACACGAAAAAAUCUUUUGAGCUUUACACGAAAGCGUUUCACUUCGAACAUUUCGUAAAAAAAUACUAAUGCUUGUAUAUAUAUAUUAUAUAUACAUAUGAUAUACCGCAGAGGCUUUGUAAAUUUUCUUCUUUCGUUUCGUUUUUCGUAGUUCGAAAUAUACACAUCAUACAUUGCUGAUGUGUAUUCACUUUAUUUAUUAGCUAUCAUCAGAAACAUUUGAUUUACGAGAACAAUUCGAAUUUUGCAGAAGACAAUUAUUGAUUUACAAAAUCUAUUUUUUCUAUAGUUCACGCAUUUCAAUCUUCGAAAAGAUGAUUUCUUUCUUCUCGAGAAAGGCUCGUCGUAUUCGAUUUUUGAAGAUUGCAAUGAUGUUGUUAAAGAGAACGUUAAAAUGUAUACAUCGAACAUGUUAUUUUAAAAGAUAAAAAUUUUGUUCUUUGUAUAAUUUGUAAAUAAAUCUUUCGAAAAUGAUAUUUAACGUAGGAAGACAGUAUACGCCUCGUACGAGGAACAGGAACUCGUUUUACAGUGCGAUCAGAAUUUCACAUACAUAUUUUUAUAAUAUGUUACACAUAGGAAGCUGAAAUGGAGAAAAGAAAUAUACAUAUAUAUAUUAUAUAUAUAUUAUAUAGGAAAAAAAUACAUUUACACAUACACAUGCACACAUUCAUACACACACACACACAUACUACGUAAUUAAUAAAAUAAUAGGAUAGGACAGGAUUAUUUUACGAUACUUUUAAUCUACAUAUUUAAAUGGCUCUUGGCUUCGGCGGAUAAAAAUAAUGCGCGAAAGGUGCAAUGUAAAAAUUCAUCGUAUGAUAUUAAAAAACAAUACAAUUAAUACAACCUAAUUCCUUGAAUACCCCAUGUGAAACGAUAAGACUAAUAUAUGUAUAGUCUUUCGUUACUUUAUGAAAUAUUUGACGCAGCUCCUCUCCCUUUCAAAAAUGUUAAUCAGCGCUAUUGAUACGUUUCAACAAAAACUCAUUUAUUCGUGAUUCCUGAUAAUAAAGGUUAACGAGGUGAGAUAAUCGAUUUAAUUAAAUUACAAGCUGGCAACUAGAUUUCUUUUUUUAAAGUGGACAAAAAGGCGGGCAAGAGGAUCGUAUAUCUAUGCAAUGUAAAAGAAGGAGAAGAAAAUAGACAAAUAAAUACAAAGAGAAAGGUAAAAGUAACAUAAACAAAAGAUAAUAAAAAUCGGAGAAGAAUCACAAAAUAGUCUAAUCUUUACUUUGAUCAAAUCGAUUCUAUGUGUAUACAUUCAGAUGAGCUAAUAUGAAAGUGUAUAUUAUGUUAAAAACGAUAUUUAGCAUAUAAUUAAAAUAUCGAAUAAUGGUAUAUAAUUAUUUUCAAGAUAUUUUAUUAUACAGUGUUAUAAAACUAUAUUUAUAUAAACUUAUAAAUAUGAAAUAUUGAUUUCAUAAAACACAGAAAAUAUCUUGGUAAAAUCAUGAAAUACUUUUCCGAUAAAUUAUCUCAAUUUUUGUUUAUUUACAAUCUCUAUACGUGAUUUAGAUAAGAAACAUAUCGUAUUAACAUCUUGCGAGAAACAACCUCGAACGAUUUAGAUAAUUAAAAAGAAAUCAGAUAAAAGGAAUUUGCUGUCUUAUAAUCAUGAUAAUCAUUUGAUUAUUUCACUGAUUUUAUCAAAAAUAUAAACUUUUAAAUGAAUUGUUUGAGUCACCGUCAAUCUUGAAAAUCAAAAAAUAAUCAAAACUGAAUGUAAAUUUGUUUUUAUACAAAUAAAAAUAUAAAAAAUGCUCAUUUAGAAAUCAAAUAUAUUUCUAUUUUUUUCUCAAAAAACAGCAAUAAGUUGUUUUUAUAUUCGAUUAUAAUGCAUUAGACAAUCAUUUUAAUUACGGCAAGUAUAUUAUACAUUUCGCGUUUUAAUGAUCAAUCGAUAAUACAUUCGUAAUAUUUGGUCACUGAUAUGCUGAUGGUAUAGUUUGUUAUCCUUUUCGCCCGAGUUGAUAAACAUAAAAAAUGCAAAUAAAUUAUACUUUCACAGGUGCAUCGUUCCACAUAUUUAACAUGUCUUUCUUGCUUAUUACGAAGAGUUUCCAUCAGUAAUUAUAUCCUCUCUUUUUCUCUCUUUCUCUCUCUUUCUCUCUUUCUCUCUCUUUUUCUCUCUUUCUCUCUCUCUCUCUCUCUCUCUCUCUCUCUUUCUCCCUCUCUCUCUCCCUUCAUUAGCAAAAGAUAUUCUAUUAAUAAAUAACGAUCAAUACCAAAAUAAACUGAAUUAAAUAUUUUUCUCUUAACGAACUGAUUUUUAUUUGUCAUUUUUUAGUUCAUAUAUCAUAUAAAUUCAUUUACAUCAUGAAAUUCUCUUGAUUAAGAAUACUUACUAGUUCUUUCUUAAUGAUUUGAUUUUUUUCCUUUUAUAUCAAUAUAUAUUUAUUCUACCAUGUUUAAAACUGAAUUAGCAAAAUUUAGAUUGAAAAAUAUGAAAAAAUGUGAGAAGUACAUAGAAUCGAGUUUUCAAAACGUUAAAAAUUCUUUUUUUAAAUCAAUCUUUGUCAGUCAUCUUUUUCUCUUUACAUUUCGACAUCUGAAAAUAUUUGUUCUUUCUCUUUGUAUUUUUCUUUUUCUCUUUUCGACCUAUGAGAAUAUAAAAAUUUAGCACGAGAAGAAUAGGAAUAUCGAAGGAUAAAGAAGAAUAGAAAAUCUAUCGAUAUUGAAAGGUGUAAUCGAUCGAUUUUCUCUCGAAGAAAUGCCAAACGAAAUCGCUUACUUGUUCUUAAGUAAAAUCGAAUCGUGCUUUUGUUCUGUUCAAACGAAAUCUUUCUCUGAAAGAUUUAAGAUAAUCGUUUACUUACUAUUUCCAGUUAAAUUAAAUCCUUUUUCUCAUUAUCAUUCUCUUUUGUUUCUUGUUUUCUCUUUGACAUAUCUAAUCUCAUUUUAUAGUAAAUCGAAUCGAACAAGGAAAAGACAAAAUUUGUUCUAUGAUUAAUGUGAUAAAUUAGAAACAUCAAUACGUUGGAUAAUUCGAUAGAAUACGGUACAGUUCGAAAUGCACGAUACUGAGUUUUGUUUUACACGAUACUGUAAUUUUGUAAAUAAAACAAUAAUAUUUCAUUUAUACAUUUACACUAUGCCAAACAUAUUACAGAACUGAAAAUAAAUACUGUUUUACACAACGAAUGUUCACUCGAAGGAAUCCGACCAGUAUUGCAGACUCAAUAAAAUUUUAUUGUUUUGAGAAUCGAAAGAAUGAUCAAUUAUCAUUUGAUCAUGUUAAAUUUUUUGAUUAAAACAAUGAAAAAAAAACAGAGAAAGAAUGAGAGAGGGAGAGAGACAGAGAGAGAAAGAGAGAGAGAGAGCAUAAAUUAAAACAUUUUGCUCAUUUUCAUCAAAAAAGAAGAUAAAAGAAAUAACGAAAUUACAGUAACUUGUCAUCACGCCGAUCAAUGAGAAGAGAUCGCCGCGGAAACGCUGAAACGUUGGCCGUGUGCAAUAAUUAGUCGCAAUUCGAUUAGUCUCUCUAGGUUAUUAUUCCAUAGACCAGUUUGUACAUCUAAUUACAGUACGUUAACCACGCAUACUCACUGUGAAUAACAACAAUUAUAAAUUAUCAUAAUAAAGUGUAUGUUUAUAUACA